AUGCUGACGUUACUAAAGUGGUCACUAGAAAUGUCCGUACACGUCCGUUUCGCGUUACCAAUGUCUGCGUUUUUUCUUCUUUUUGGAAGUUUUCAUGCCCAUUCCGAAAUGAUUCCGCAAAAUUCAAAAAAAAAAAAACGGUCAGACAGUAGGGGCGAUUGCAGUCAUUGUAAAUUUAUAUCUGUUUCAUUCCUCCUUUGCAAUUUAACACAGAACAAAAAACCCUCAGCUGCUUUUAAGAGCAUUGGGCUGGUACCUGCUAUUGUUUGACGGCCACGCAGUUGAUCCAACGUCUGCCAUGGAUCUUGUUUGAAGACGUCUUCGCGACGAUUUCGUGUCCUCGCGAUUAACUGAAUUUUCAGAGAUUAAAAACUUUCAAAUGCGGAAAAAUAGGAUAUAAGUAGAAAAGUUUAAUUAAACAGAGCUGCUCGUAAAGUUGAAUUAUUUUUUCCGCAGCCAGCGUGUUUGCGGCCUCGAAUCAUAAUAGAUUAUCACAAUGAUUUAUACGAACCAAAUAAAAUAGCCGAGUCUGACGCGAGAUUUUCUAACAACCACAUUUUUUAAAUGUUUAUAUAUCUUCAUAGGCAGAGUCGGAAGGACCCUUUACGGGUUUUUUGAGCGUACUUUUUGGAUCAAAAUCAUUCCAUUAACUGUUUCUAAACGGAUGGCAACGGUUUCCUUUUUACUGCCUUUUUCUGUCCUUUCAUCGGCCGUAAUCCACCCUUUCCGGACCCUUUUGAGAAAAAAAAAGUUUUUUAUUAAUUUGAGAAUAAUUUAUAUUAGUGACUGUGUAUGAACCAAAAUGUGCUACAGUAAUAAAAUCGCAAACAAUAAUGGCCGAGACUCAGAACUCUUUUUGCACCCUCACUCUUUCUUCACCCUUUUUUCACUCUUCUUUGAGGCUUCUUAGGCCACCAAGAAAGAAAGGCUCAAUAAAGGAUGUAAAACGGAGCUCUUAAAGCGGCCAUUUUGCAGUCACUCCUCUUUUUUGGAGCCGUUUUCCGCAUUUCCGACUUUUUCAGUGUCAGGCAAAGUCGAAAUGAUGUUUAAAGGCCGCUAAAAAGAGGAGGCUCAAAAAAAAAACCGCAGAAAGGGAGCCAAAAGAGUCCCUUUAUUGAGCAUCCCAUUUUUUCUAAAAUUCUAAAGGCUCAAGAAAUAAUGUAAAAAGAGAGAGGCAGCAAAAAAUGGUGCAUAAGAUCCUAUGAAAUGACGAAAAAAGGCAGAAAAAAGGAGCAUUUCUAUAGUCUUUUAUCACCCUUGCGACUUUGCCUUUGAUAUCGGAUCAAGGUUUUUCUGGCUUUAAUUCAGUGUUAAUAAGGUCAAACCUUCUUUUUUAUCAUCAUAAAACUUUUCCAAUUUGAAGACUUCGAAACCUCACAUCAAUAUUUCCCGUAGUAGUCUGUAGAUUUGUCUUCACUACGCUGAUUCUUUUCCAAUUUUCAUUCGAAUGUUGCAGUCGUUUUUUUCUGAAGGAAAAGUAAUUGAAAAAUAUUUUUUUAGAUAUCAAACUGUACUAUUUGAAGUUGUCUUCGAAUGUCCAUCGACUGAUCAGAAAAAAACUUGUUGCAAGCUUCCUGCAAGAAUUUCAAAAUUGAAAAAAAGCAAGUAGAAUAUUCAUUAUAAGAUUCGCAAUGUUUUUUUACUGAUCAGCUAUGUAAAGUCAUAAGUUAGUUAGGGAAGUUACAAAGUCAAAAGAACUAUCUAGGCGGUGCGCUAGAGCUCCGCGCGGCCUUGUCAGAACUAAGAUUCCUAGACGCCGAAGGCCGUGACGGCAUUUUCCGUGGGGGUCCCAUCAUCGCUUUGUCAGCAUCGCGCUGCCAACAGUUUAUGCCUCGGCCACAGGAAUGGGCUUCGGCGUGACUUUGCGUAUCCAGUUUGCAAGAAAAAAGGAUCGGCACUCCGGGAGUCCCGCGGGCCUAAUCUACUAGCGCUUACAACUCAGAAACUUAUUGUGGAAACUAGAAGUUUUUUGGAAGUUAAAAACUCAUCUUGAAGUUGGAUUCAGGAUCCUGGAGCAAGACGAAACGUGAGGGAAGCAAGAACGACCUUUGUACCCAAGCCAUACAAAAAGAAAUGACACGUUGCCACGUGUUUUUGUACGUCUUAUUUUUUUCGAUAUCAAGAAAAUGACGCCUUGCCAAGAAGUUCACGUUUUUUUUUUUGAAGAAAUGAAAUUUUAUUUUUUAAAUUUUAUUCUGAAUAAAAUUCUGGGUCAUCACGUGAAAGGUAAAGCUAGUGAAGACACUGAAAAAAUUUUCAAAGUUUAAAGUUUUAAUUUUUGGAUUUUUGGAAUCUAAUUGUUUUUUUACCCGCGGUUUUGUAUCAUUUUUUUGUCCUCCUGUAGUAACUUAAUUCGCGUAACUCAGAGCCAAAUUGAAUCAGGAAAUGCAGUUUGUAGUUUUUAUAAUAUAAAUAAUCUGAAUUACAUUCUUUUUUUCUAGUUUUUUUGAUGGUUUUUUUCGAACUGAAUUAAACAAUCCGCCGUAAAAGGUUUUUUUAAAAUUCUGCUUUCUAUCUUAAUUAUUUCAUAUUUCUUAAUGCUUAUUCGAUUAGAGGUAAUUUACCUAUAUAAUAUUUUUUUAUAUUUUGUAAUGAUUAAUUUAGAGUAGCACGACCUUUUCGCGUUACCAAGGUCCGAGAAGAUAGAAGAAAACAAAAUGAAUCGAAGAGGCGUGGAAAGAGCGCACCAAUGACAAAUCUCUUAUCAAUUUACGUGAGGUAAGCUGUAAAAAUACCGGCGGCUUCUUUAUUUCUAAUAGUGAUUUGUUUUUAAAUUUUUCCUAUAGUUUCCCCCUCCCUUUUCGUUCGAAUUUCUGGUGGUAUGAAAAAAACACCAGCGAAAAUUCAAACGGCGACUUUUCCGAUUUUUUCAUAUCGCUAGGGAACUUUCCGACGGCCACCCUUCCGACGAAUCUUUUUCCGACUUUUUUUCUCGAUAAAAUCUUCGUUUUAAAUCUUCCUAUACAAAGUAGGUAGUUGGUUCAUGAUUAAAACACAAAGAAAUAGAAAAAAAAGGUUUAUAGAUGUUUUAUAAUCCAAAAAAUAUAAGGGAAAAAAGUCGGAAAAGGAUCCGUCGGAAAGGUGGCCGUCGGAAAGCUCCCUAGCGAUAUAAAAAAAUCGGAAAAGUCUCCGUUUGAAUUUUCGCUGGUGUUUUUUUCAUACCACCGAAUUUCUUGUCCCCGCAAUCAAACUUGUUGGUCCAGUUUGAUCGGUUCGAUUGAAGCUCAUUAAACGCGUCAAGCUGGGCGGAAGUCGCCGCGCAACCAAUAUGCAAAUAAGCGAACCGCCGCCGUCAGUGUGAAGUUUGUGGCCGGCGUGUUUGUUCAGUUCAGGCGGCUGAUAUGAUCGCCCCCACCGUUCUCAUCGGCUAUUAUACCAACAAUGCCCCAGGAAAUAGUGCAAGCCUUUGAGAAGUUCAAAAGUUUCACGGCUUGCUGGUAUCGCUUUUUGGAUCGCGGUUUUUGGAAGAUAAGAACUGCAAUUUGAAGCUUUUCCUUUCUGCUUCAAGCGUUAUGGAGAUUAUUCCGUUGAAAAAUUAAUAUUUCAAUGAUUUUUGGGGUUUUUUUUAUUUCAUAAUGAGACUUUAUUCAAUGAACCUGUGUCGCUGUGCUUUUGAUAAAGCGGAAGUUUUGCAUGAUUUACUAUGUAAAGUAGUCGAAAACGGAAUAUUUCUGAUGGUUUGAUGCUUUUCAAGUGGUUAUUUUUUUAAACUUCUUGGUAAAAAAAGAGUAAUAAUGAAUCACGCGAAUUAAAAUUUAGCUUAUUUUUUCUUUUCUCAAAAGUUGGUGAAAUUUAUUUCAAAAAUUCGUAUAUAAUGGUGUUUUUUUCAAAUUUUCAAAAUGAAUCACACGAGGAGCCUGAGAUUUCAAUCGCGUCAUUUGAUUUCACAACUUUUGAAAUGUUUAAUAAUUUUAAACUUUCAUGGCACCUCUUACCUUCAAUUUUCACCCCAGGAAUCGUUAUAUGAUUUCAAGAUCGAGGCGCGAAAUCUUGUUAACACAAGACGUCGCCGCCGAGCCGCGAAUUGAUUGAUUUGAGUGACAGCUUUUCGGCGUUCGCCAAUAAAAUAUACACGAUAAUGGAAAACGAUUAAUCUUCAGAGGUCCUGGCGGUACAUUGUAAUUUUUGAUUGAAAGCGUUAGUUGAAUUUAAUGUUUUGAGGCGAUUUUCUUUGAAGUACCGCUUAUCAGGGAGUUGUCAAACAAGUCGUGAGCUUCUUGAAGCGUAAGUUGUUUUUAAAACCUUAUUUGAUUCAAAAUGGUUGAUGUUAUGAAAGGCUCAUAGCUGGGAUACAAAGCAAGGAAUUUUACUAGUUUAAAGAAUAAAAGAUGUCAUUUUUUUCAAAUUUUUUUAAGUUCUGAGUUUCAUUAUCAACUUCCAAUAGGGAUCAUCAGGGUGAUGACUUAAUUUUUUUGUUGAACUUACACUAUUGUUCCUAGAAAUAUAACUAUUACCUAAAACUAAGAUACAAUCUUUCAACUUACCAUUUAGAAAAGGACAGUUUUUCUUUUUUUAAUAUUAUUCAAAAUAUCGGCUAGAACUUCAUUUUUUUAAGGUUUAAAAAUACGUAUCGUGUCUUAAUUUUUUUAUAGUGACCUUUAAAAAGUUUUUUUAAAAUCAAUAAUAAUGAUUUUUAGUUUACCUUGGUCAUAGAGAAUCCUCGAUAAAAUGUCUUUGAGGUUUCCAAAGUUAGGUAAAUGUUCAUUUCAGCUGUCUGACAUUGAAAAAAAAAAACCAUUUUGAGGGCAAAAAGCCGCAAUUUGCAACGAUUUCGAGCCGGUCGGAUUUCGCCGUUCCGCGCCACAAAAGUUGCCAACGGCGUCCUGUUUCUUCGCUUGGCGGCUUUUUUGCUGCCGAAAUCCCGAUGUGAUAUUGUAAACGGUGAGUCAUCUUCGCUGAAGGAGGCGGACCCGAUUCAAAACACCAUAAAAAGGCUUGUCUGUUUGCCUUUUUUUCACAGUUAUCUUUUUUUAUUCUUGACUUUGCGGGUUUUCCCAUUUCUGCUCUGCGUAGGUUCCUGAGCGUUCUUAAACUUCAAAAGGCCUUUUAUAGAUUUUUUGAAGAUCUUCAAGACUUGGUGCGCAGCCCUCCAUAAAAUAGGUUGUUAAAAAUCAAAACUUUGAAGGCAUAGUAUCUCUCCUUACUAUUUUUGGGAACGACGUACUUUUUGUGCGAUUGCGUGAAACUAUCGUCCGGUGGUUCACUUAUCAAAAUAUCUGUAAGAAAAAAUCAUCAAGAAAACAUUUGGGACCUUGAUUUGACCGAAAAUGCCGCCUUUAUUGAAAGAUUUAUUGAUAGUCAGAUCGAUUUCACUGUUCUGCUUAUUCUUUGUUUUUAAAGACAAGAUCUGUAUACAUUUCAAAAUAGCCAUGAGUCAUAAAAAAAGGCUUUUUCAUAACCACCCAAAACAAAGUAAAAAGUCCACUUCAACAUCAAAGAGAUCCGACAAGCUCGCGUCAGGUGUGCUUCGGGUUCAAGUAACAACCCUCUCCACUUCACUCGGCCCUUGUCACGAGUCCAAACAUGCUUCUGACCUUUGCUAGUGUCGCUUCAGUCCAGCCUUUUGUCCGUAGUCAGUUUCACUCCACUUCACUUGUCUACUUAAGAAGUCUGGCUCAAGCGUGAGCUCGUCUUACUUUUCCGUCGGGUUGAGCUCAGCUUUGACCUGACUUCCUCGCUCAAAAGUUUGAUCUUCUUCGGCUCCAUUUUCUGA